ACUGUUGACGUGUAUGAGCACUAAAGCUAACACGUUAGCUAGCUUUUUUGCUAUUAGCUUGCCCCGUUUGUAGUUAGCCGGCGAUGUCAAGCAUGGUGCAAUGCUGUUGUUUGGGUUGCUGCUCGAUUGUUGAUCACUGUUGACCAUAUACUGUUUUCCGCAGCAUCUUUCUCUAUCUCCCCCAUGCAUUCUGAUGUUUAUCUCGUUUACAAGUGACUUGGCGUAAGCCUCAUCAUAAAAAAUAGCAUUAAGAGUAUGUAAACAUCAGCCUCCAUGAACAAUCUGAAUGACCCCCCCAGAUGGAAUAUUCAACCAGACCAAAGGGAAGGGGGGGAGGGAGGUGGAGAUGGCAACCAAUGGAACUAUGCCCUCCUGGUCCCUAUGCUUGGACUGGCUGCAUUUCGUUGGAUCUGGACCCGGGAGUCUCAGAGAGAAAUCGACAAGGUCAAAUCCCAGUAUGACAAGGAUGUGUCCAUAGUCAAAAGUGAGAUGGAGGCGAGGUACCAGGAGACACUAACAGAGAGACGCAGAGCAGCGGCUUCCUUGGAGCUGGAGCUGGAGAAGGAGAGACAGAGGGUGCAAGGAUACAGGCAGGCCAUGAUCUCCCAGAGCCAGCAGCUGGUAGAAGAACGCAAACGUUUACAGCAGGAGCGUGAGAGGCUGGAAGAAGAGAAGCAAAGACUUAUUAAGUCUGGCGCCGCAGGGACUGUGCUGCAUCAAGCCCUGGAACAGCAGGACGACUGGUCCCAGAGAGCCAACGCCGCACUGCGGGAGCUUGAGGCUCAGCUUGUGGAGCGCCAGAACGCCUACUGUUCCCUAAUACAGCCUCGAGAUAAGCGCCUGGAUAUGGAGAAGAACAUGCUGCUGAAGGCCGUCAAAGAGCCCAUCGUGGAUGAACUUGAUCUCGAGGCUGAUUUAAAAGAUAUUUUUAAGAGAGAUAAGCAUUGUGCAGACCUGCUCAACAUGGACAAGAGGAAGAACGGAAGUCUUAUGUGGGUGUAUCUCAAGUACUGGCAGCUGCAGGUCACCAUUCAGAAACAUAAGAGAGCGGAGCAGGCCAUUCUAGGAGGGAACAUUAAACCUCAAACAAAGUGAUGACAUUGGGCAACACUUUUCAUUUGACCUUUUGAGAGAAAUGUUGGUCCUGUGUAGUUUAGGAGUGAAUAUGCAUGAUUGGGAAUUUCUGCAUUAGGAAAAGAUGAGACAUUUUGAAAAUGCUGGAAUGUACUGUAGGUUUCCCUUAGCUCAUAAAAAAUACCCCAAUUAAGACUUCAACUCUGAGAUCAAAUGCACUUCAUUAAAUGAUGUCCACAUUGGAUACACAAUCAAGGAUUGAAAUAUAUUUUAUUCUUUAAAACCUUUGUGAAACCAGAAUGUCAACUUCAAUGACACUUUAAUUGUAUGUGUGCCAUGUUAUCUGAAUGCACCUUAGUUUAUUUUGGUUUCUUUUAAGAUGUGAGGGCUGCACAGGCAACAAAGAUGACAUAACACACCCGACACUACAAACCUGAAGAUUUAAAUUAUGUUUGACUAUGUUUAGAGUCUUGGAAUUCAUUCAAUUGUGCUCAUGGUUAACAGUAUUAAACUAUUUUAUUGGAACCAGAACUUUCAUCUCUCGUUGAUGGUAAAAAUAUAGACCGAAUUUGAAAAUGCCAGACAAAUAGAGAAGGUACUAUUAUGCUUUAGUUUGGGGCAUAUCCUGGUGAACGAGAACUGGGUUGAUGUUCAGAUAAUUACAACAUUGUACAGUCCUCAUAAUAAAGCUUUGAAAGAUUGAAUUAUUACAAUUAGCUUCCUUAAGUGCUUUCUUAGCAGGUAUUUUAUAAACUCAAUUAUAUGGAAUGCCAUCAAAGAACCCGUCCACAUACUAGGGGUGUGACGAGAUCUUGCGAGACGAAAACAUGACAACAUUUCUCGUUCAAAAAAAUGUUUUGUGGGCACUAGGCCUGGGAUGAUAGUAAAUAAAUUAACCACACAAUAAAUUAAAAUGAAGUCAAUAAUUUUGCCGGCCUCAUAUUGCCACAUGUGUACAUGUCUGUUUUCCUCGAGUACUCUGCAUUGGUGUCAGCACCUUGGCGCGGUUGUUCCAGAGAACAAACCCAUUUUGUCACUCAUACGGUCUCUUUGUCUCAGCGGGUGGAGGUGGGGCCGGUAGCAUACACACAGAGUGCAGAAGAGUGUAACGUAGUAGCAAUUAAAUCAGUCGAUUGCAAUAUAUUGUCAUAUAUUCUUUCAUUGUACUUUUUCUUAAAAGUAAUGUUAAAAUCUUGUCUCAUAGACCCAAUCUCGUGUAUCGUCUCGUGAACUGAGUGUCUUGUUUUCAGUGCAUCGUACAUCCAUACUGCUACACCAGCUGUACGCUGACUAAUGACAAGUGUAUCAAAGUUGCAUUCCUAUAGUAUCAUCCCUUGAUUAUAUACUGUAAUAAAAUGGUUGCUGAAAUAUGAGGGGUGUACCCUUGUCAGAUACUAUCGGUCCCAAAUUGUCAUGGGUCUUCAUCCUUACAAAGUAAGCUACAGUAAUCCCCUAAAUCAGCGGUCACCAACAUUUCUUCUUGUGAGAGCUAUUUCUGCAAAAUGAAAAUGGCCAAGAGCUACUCAUUUUGUAACAUUUUUCAUAGGUCAUUUCAACCCAAACAAAUAUAACAUGCUUGUUUUACCAGAACAUUAACAAACUGCUGGUGUCUACAACUCACAUUUGGUAUUUCAGAAUGCAUUUCUUUCUGGUGUUCUCACAUGAACUGAAAACCUGAAUGAAAAGCAGGCUUGCGGGCGCCUCACGUGGUUGUGGGGGGCUACCUGGUGCCUGUUGGCACCGCAUUGCCCUUGCCCUAAAUAAAAUUACUUAAAAAAAACAAGCAAAUGGAAUUUAACUGCCAUGCCAUCAUAAAGUACUUCACUGGUCUCCAUAAUUGAAGAAAACAAUGUCACGUGUGAAAUGUACAGGUGUCAAACUUGCCAUUUGCAGAGAAUCAAAUUACACUUUUCAGUUGUUUGUCUACACCAUAGAUUUAUUGUCAUAUGCAAGAGAAUUCAGUUAUGACAGAACUUUGACAACAUUUAUCAGUGUUUACUAUACAUGUA